AUGCCCGGUGCCUCCUCCUUGCCCAUGGCGAUAGACCACACUGCCUUCCCCGAGAUAAUUGACGCAAUCCUCAACGACUCGGCUCGUGACGCUCUCCUCAGCUUCCGCGGCGCCAGCUCCUACUACCUCGAGAAGAUAAACGCUCAGCUGUUCAAGCACGUCUGCAUCGUUUGCGUGGACAGCAAGCCCAUCGACAACACCUCGGAGCUUCAGCGUCACACCUUCCUCCUCCUCGACGUCGACGGCGAGAGGCUUCCCAUCUCCCACUUCACCGUGGACGAGAUUGACGACGACAAUGAAACUCCCAAGGCCCACUGGCGCGGCCGACACCGUGGAAUGACGAAACACAUUGUCGUCAAGCUCCUUCAUUACGUGCAAGUUGUCGACUCGCCGAUAACCUUCCCUCGCUGCAACAAUGUCGACAUGCCCAACCUGCGCGUCACACGCGUCUACGACGAGGACACAGAGGAACUUCCCUGGUCGUACUACCAACCUCCCGCCGACACGAUCGUCAUGUGGGCUUCUCAGCUCCCACUCGCCCCACCAGUCUAUGACAACGACCCGAGUCUCGUGUUUCACCACGUCAUCCGUCACGUCGUGAUCAACGUGUCGAUCGGGGAAGCGUGCCGCGACGCCGACCCCUUCUCUGAUUUCAAGGCAUCAUGGCGUCUUCCCAAGGUCAUCAUCAUCGUCACACCCAAGUCACCCAUCAGCCUGUACGACUGGUCUUUCGUUUCCCAGAACCUCAUCAGGUUUCUUAAGGUCGCAGGUCAAGGACGAACGGAGAGCGCGGUUCAAAUCGUCGGCCUCGCAGAGGCCCUCCGGCAGACGUACUCCCUGCUCGUGCCGGCCAUCGACCUGGAGGCGAUGACCGCUGGCAGCCUUUAUGACCUUAUGAAAGGUUGCCAUUGGCUCGUCGCGCUUUUAGGCAACGAGCCUGAGGCACACGUCCCGAUCCUGCUGCGAGAGCUCUUCGAAACGCUCGAGCAGUUCAGUGUCCCCUGCAUGGAGCUCCCCGACUACAAGAAGACCCUCACCACCGACGAAAUCGCUACGCAGCUCAUUCCCAACAGUUUCAUUGAGUUGUAG